AUGUCGUCCAAGGGGAUGCACUGUACUGAUUUUAUGAUAUGGCAGUGUGGAGGAAGUCUUGAAAUCCACCCUUGCUCGCAUGUAGGCCACGUUUUCCCCAAACAAGCUCCCUACUCACGAUCUAAAGCUCUUGCAAACAGCGUACGUGCAGCUGAAGUGUGGAUGGAUGAAUAUAAAGAACUUUAUUACCAUCGAAACCCACACGCUCGCUUGCGGAAGCCGGUGUACGCGAAGCCCGACGCGGAGCCAGGGGCGCUGGGCGAGCUGGGCCGGGCGGUGCGGCUGGAGCUGAGCCCAGCGGAGAAGCGCCGUCAGGAGGAGAGCAUCCGACGGCACCAGAUUAACAUCUACCUGAGCGACCGCAUCUCGCUGCACCGCCGCCUGCCCGAGCGCUGGAACCCGCUGUGCAAAGAGAAGAAAUAUGACUACUAUAGCCUGCCCAAAACUUCAGUUGUGAUAGCUUUCUAUAAUGAGGCUUGGUCAACACUUCUGCGAACUGUUCAUAGCGUUCUUGAGACAUCUCCAGAUAUACUUUUAGAAGAAGUUAUCCUUGUAGAUGAUUACAGUGACAAAGACCAUUUAAAGGAGCCUUUGGAAAACUAUGUGGCUGGCUUACGCAAGGUGCGUCUUAUUCGUGCGAACAAGAGGGAAGGACUGGUUCGAGCUCGACUGCUGGGGGCUUCUGUAGCCAAAGGGGACAUUCUGACCUUCCUGGACUGCCACUGUGAAUGCCAUGAGGGCUGGCUGGAACCACUUCUGGAAAGGAUCGCAGAAGAAGAAUCAGCUGUUGUAUGCCCUGUUAUUGAUGUUAUUGACUGGAAUACGUUUGAAUACUUGGGAAAUGCUGGUGAGCCACAGAUUGGUGGAUUUGACUGGAGAUUGGUCUUCACGUGGCACACAACCCCUGAGAGAGAACAGAAACGAAGAAAGUCCAAGAUUGAUGUGAUCAGGUCUCCCACCAUGGCAGGCGGAUUGUUUUCUGUGAGUAAGAAGUAUUUUGAUUAUCUUGGUUCAUAUGACACAGGAAUGGAAGUCUGGGGAGGAGAAAAUCUUGAGUUUUCAUUUAGGGUAAGUGACUUUUUUUUCGUGAGAGUAAAAACAAGCUUCUUAUUUGUUUCAUCCUGUCCUUUUUACUCAGUAAGAUGGCUGUGAUGUUAGCGAAUGUAA